GUCCCGUUUGCUAUCUGAACGCGGCCAAUUUUGUCACUCGUUUCGAAUCUCUCCCCAUCUAUCUGCUUUAACAUCUCAACUUACCUCCUUUUACAUCGUUGGGAUCGAUAUGCUGCAAGCCAACCAUCCAAGGGGCCCCGGGCUCUCCUGCAUCUUCGAGCCUGCGGUGGCACCAUUUCCACCUCCUGAACAAUCGGACACCGACCUCUCCCAGCGCUUCUAUCGAACAGUCGACGGCGUGGAGGAGCCUCACUCGCCCAUCCCAGACUCGCCUGUGCCCAGAGAAACGCCCGGAUGCACCGCCAAAAGAACCGAACAGCAGCAGCAGGCGCUCCAAGAGACACGACUCGGCGCCCUCGACACCCUCCACCUCUGCCGCAACGUCAUAACGACCCUCGAGCUCACCCGGCUGCGCAAGUCCCGCGUCGGCCUCUACAACUGGCUCGGGUUCUGGGACCGGCUGUACGAGCGACCCUUCGCACACAGCCUAGCGUCCUGUGUCAGCACGGCGCUCUCCAAAAUCGACUUGCUGUUUCGAGUCGUCUCUGACGACCUACACCAACUAACGCAACGCACCGAACACGCCGUGGUGUCCGCGACCUCCGAGCGCGAGAUCUUCUACCUGCUUGAGCGCAUGGAAGACGACGUGGAGGUGCGGCGUCUUCGCCGCCGGCGUAAGGCGCAGGUCAUUCUGAGCAAGAUGCGUGCCGAGCUAGAGAUGAUUCCCAUGAAGGUGGGCGACGAUCUGUUCGACGACAUGAAGCGCGGCGUGUUUGCCCUGGACGUCGUCUGCGACUAUCACCCUGGAGACACGGUCGCCGAGGCCCACGAAACUACCUGGCCUGAUCAUUUCACCGGUCAGCCCGUUGAUCACGUUGAGCUCUCACCUUACCUGUAUCAGCAGUCUCAACAGUCUCAAGCGUCGGCGGCUUCGGGGGCGUUUAUGCCCUUGGGGUCGUAUACAGCGAAUAAUACCUCUUUGGGAUCUUUGGAUAUCGAUGUUGAUGGUAGUGCUGCUGUUGGGUGGACUGGUCGUCCCUCUCGGAGGUAUGAUCCAUGGUGAUUAUUGGGUGAACUUGUUGAUUUUCUUAUCUUUG